AUGUCGUCACAAGGUCCUGCAUCUUCAGUGCAAGCAUCCUCCCAAUUAGCACCUCCAAACACCUCUAAGCUUGUUUCAACUUCAGUCGCACACCACACCUUGGCUGCAAUCUCACAAACAACGUCAAUUGUCACAUCUGCUCAGAAUCUCAGUCCUGUGCUUCUAGCCACUGCUGUCAUCAAUGUUAAGAACAGCGCAGGUACAUGGGUGCCAUGUCGUGCACUGCUCGACUCAGGGUCGCAGUUGCAUAUUAUAACGUCUCGUCUUGCUCAUCAACUGCAGUUGCGAAAAACCAAGUCAUCCACCUACGUAUCGGGUCUUGGUAAUGCAAACUUCGCCUCUGAUGGUUUGACUGUCAAUAUUACUAUUCAGUCUCAAAACUCGGAGUACUCUACCUGCAUUACAGCGUUGGUUGCUCCUAACAUAACGGACAAUCAACCCUCUUUUACUUUGGAUAUUUCUCAUUGGAAAAUACCGUCGAACAUUUGUUUAGCAGUUCGAGGUUUUUUCAAGUCGCAACGAAUAGACAUGCUUAUUGGAGCCAGCCUCUUCUAUGAUCUCUUAUGCAUUGGACAAAUAAAGUUAGCUCACGGUCUACCGUGCCUACAGAAAACUAGGUUAGGAUGGGUUGUAACAGGUGGUGAAUCGCAGCGGCAAAGGGGAGCGAUAUUGGCCGCACAGUCAUCACUUGACAUAGGUUACGAAUCCAAUGUUCAAAUCGAUCAACUAGUACGUAGAUUUUGGGAGGUUGAAAGUUGCUGUGAAUCUGUCGCCACAUACUCCAAGGAAGAGCUUGACUGCGAGGCGCAUUUUAAGGCCAAUUAUUUGCGUUUGUCUACAGGGAACUAUUCGGUCCGGCUACCAGCAAAAGUUAAUAUUGAUCUCUUGGGCGACUCUUAUCAACAAGCGUUUCGUCGUUUUCUUAAUCUAGAGCGAAAAUUGGACCGCCACCCACAGCGGAAGGCCCAAUAUGCAGCAUUCAUACGGGAGUAUUUGAAUCUAGGACAUAUGCCACUGGUUACUAAGAACAAUCUGCGGUAUUGCAAAUACUUUCUGCCGCAUCACUGUGUUUUGAAGGAAGAGAGCACAACUACAAAACUCCGCGUUGUAUUCGAUGGCUCUGCGGUUUCAUCUUCUGGAUACUCGUUGAACGACUUGCUUAUGACAGGACCCACCAUACAACCUAAGCUGUUCAACACAUUGCUUCGGUUUAGAACCUUUCCAAUCGCUUUGACGGGUGACAUAUGUAAGAUGUAUCGUUGUGUACGAGUCUCAGAGCCCGAUAGUUAUCUGCAGUGCAUCUUGUGGCGUGACUCCCCACAGCAGCCGGUCAACGUCUUUAAACUUGACACAGUCUCUUAUGGUACAAGACCAGCUUCAUUCCUCUCAAUUCGUUCGAUGCACCAGUUAGCCAUUGAUGAACAAACUGUCUACCCCAUAGGCUCAAAAAUAUUAAAGCGCGAUUUUUAUGUCGAUGAUCUUAUUACAGGCGGUGAGUCCAUUCAAGAAGUCAAGGAAAUUAUGAGUCAAACUACAAAGCUGCUGGAAAAAGGAGGAUUCAAGUUGAGAAAGUGGUGCUCCAGUAAUCCUGAAUUGUUGCAGACGAUACCACCUGAUGAUCGAGAAACACGACUUAAGUUCGACGAUGGAAGCGAUAUAACUAAAACACUCGGUUUAACUUGGGAUCCUGCAUCAGAUUGCCUAUUGUUCGCGUUCUCACCAAUGCAGCCUUCAUCAAAACAUUGCAAGCGGUCCAUUUUGUCAACUAUUGCUCGUUUUUAUGACCCACUCGGUCUCAUCGGCCCUAUUAUUUCGAAGGCUAAAAUCUUUCUUCAACAAAUCUGGAAAGAAAGGCUUGACUGGGAUGAAAGUUUGCCUUCAUCACUACAUUCAUCGUGGCUUAGUUUGUGUGCAGAUUUUGGCCGCAUACCGCAAAUAAAGUUUCCCCGUUUGUCAAUACAGCAGAAUGGCGCCUAUGAAAUUCAUGGUUUUAGUGACGCCAGCAUCGAAGCAUACGGAGCUUGUCUUUACGUCGUGUCAGUCAGUCAAGGAAGAAACCAGGGGCAACUGCUAUGUUCAAAAUCUCGUGUAGCGCCCUUAAAAACUCUUACGGUUCCAAGGCUGGAGUUGUGCGGUGCCUCCCUGUUGGCGCAACUCAUGCAUGAAAUAGCUCAAAUGAAACUUUUCUUGUGUCGAUAUUAUUGUUGGUCUGAUUCGACGGUGGUGUUAUCCUGGAUCCGCGACGAACCUUCAAGAUUUCAAAUCUUUACAGCUAAUCGCAUAGCCACUAUACAGGAGUUGACUGCGGGUAUGGAAUGGCGCUACGUGCCUACGAAGUUUAACCCAGCUGAUAUUUUAUCCAGAGGUGCAACCUCUAACGACCUCAUUAACUCAUCUCUAUGGCUGCAUGGACCGGAUUUUUUAGCUCAAGAUAAAAACAAUUGGCCAAACCCUUGCAGUCAACAUGUUUUUGGUUACAUUUAUAAGUUCCAAAAUCGCUUGCGGCUUUCUGGACUGACUGUUGAUUGCAUACGCCGAGGCACAAAACUACUCCUGCGCACUAUCCAAAGGCUUCACUUCAAAGAGGAUCUCAAAUGCCUUCAAGCCGGUCAAGGUGUGAAGGCAUCUAGUUGCAUUGCGUCGCUCUCACCAUUCAUCGAUAGUUGUGGAUUGCUUCGUGUGGGUGGACGACUGAAAAAUUCAGCGCUCGACUUCGAGGCGCAGCAUCCAGUCAUACUGCCGAGGCGUCAUCCUGUCACUCAGGCAAUCAUUAUGCAUUUUCAUAGGCGCAAUUUGCACGCGGGUCCUCGUUCCCUACUAGCAUACAUUCGGCUGCAGUAUUGGCCUAUUGGCGGACGAAAAACUGUUUCGAACGUUGUAAGCAAAUGCACUCUAUGCUUCCGAGCUAAACCGCACUUAGCGGAACAUAUUAUGGCUGAUCUUCCGGAAGAUAGGGUAAACUCAUCUUAUGCAUUUAUGGUCACAGGCGUCGAUUAUUGUGGACCAUUCCAUUAUAAAAACGAAAUACGCAACAAGCAACCCAUAAAAUGUUACAUUUGCAUAUUCAUAUGCUUUGCCACGAAAGCUGUGCACCUGGAGCUCGUAGCAGACUUAUCAACGAAGGCAUUCUUAAAUGCACUAAAGCGGUUCAUCCUAACGCGUUGUCGCCCCACUCGUAUAUGGUCGGACAACGCAACCAACUUUGUCGGCGCUAAGAAUGAGAUGGCAGAAUUAAAACGUUUAUUCCUGAGCGAUAAUCAUGUGCAAGCAGUUCAUGAAUUUUGUCUAGCUAAUACCAUAGAAUGGCAUUUCAUUCCACCUCGCUCUCCACACUUUGGUGGGCUUUGGGAAGCGGCCGUUAAAACUGCGAAAUAUCAUUUUCAUCGCUCGGUGGGCUCGUCAUUAUUAAACUUCGAUGAACUGCGCACACUUAUUUGCCACAUAGCGGCAAUUAUUAACUCAAGACCUUUGUUUCCACUUUCAGACAAUCCGGCUGAUUUAGACGUUCUAACUCCAGCUCACUUCAUUGGCACUGCUCCUAUCUCUACUUACGUUGAACCAGAUGUCACGAAUAUUAACUUUAAUCGUUUGGAUCAAUGGCAGCGCGUAUCAUACUACCAGCAGAUAUUUUGGGCACGUUGGCAUGAGGAGUACUUAACUACCUUGCAGCAGCGCUCAAAGUGGCGCACACAGAAUUUCGAACUCUGCGUCAACGACAUAGUUUUAGUAAAGGACGAAAAUCUGCCUCCUCUCAAGUGGCCCCUAGCAAGAGUCACCGAACUAAUAUAUGGAUCAGAUCGUGUGGCACGUGUCGCUGUACUAAAGACUGCAAAUGGAGUCAUCCGAAGAGCCAUCCGAAAGCUAUGCCCAUUGCCAAGACAGGAUGAGGUUGAAAGCCAGAGUCUUCCAACGGGGGGAGGAUGUUUGGUUAUGCAGAAAGCAGCGCAGUCAGCGCAACCAACAUAA